GAAGUAAAAAAAAUGCCAAAAAAAUCAACCGUUUUUUUUCUUACUUUAUGAAAAAUUGCAUAAGUAAAACACUGUUAAAUUCAUUCUUACACAUUUAUUUGAAGACAAAUAUGGCACCUGUUUAGGGGAAUGACCCUUAUUUUGUGAAGUCUGUAGGCCUAGUGGAUUCAGCCCCAUGAAUUUCAGCGUCAUUCAUGACCCUACAAGUUGACCCCAGCUUAUAGCAAACUCCAGCGGCUCUCUGACAUCUGCUCCGUCCGUCUAUCUGCCUGCUCCUCUCAUUCCCUCUGUGCCUCAGAUCAAAUUAUGCCACUCGUCCGUUUUCUGCCCUGCUUUUCACUCCCCAUUGCCUCACACCGGUCUCUCGGUACAUCUGCCACCUGUUUACACAGCUUCCCACGCCCUGUCCCGUUAUUACUGGACUUCCAGUCACCAUGGGAGCAGCGCACCCCUAGCGGUCCGUCACUGUACCAUAGCAUUGCUCCUCGCUUAAAUAUUUCUUUUAGACGGGCACUAUCACAUUUCCUCUGCCUCUCUCUUGGGCACCUUUAUAUAUUUAGACCUCUGUAAUAACUGCCCUCCUGUCCUGCUGAUACAGUUGAAACCUUUAUGCAGGAAGUUAAGGGGAGCUUUGAGAGAAUUAGGCUUACGUAUUUAUUACAAAUAAUAAUUGCACUCUAAUGUAACAAUAUAUUUCAUCAUUAUAAACAUUUACAUCAAAUAUAAUAAUAAAUAUAAUAUAAUAUUAAUACAUUAGUACAUCGAUAUGAUAUGAAAGCAUUUUACUUUUUGCAUGCACAAUGUGUGAUAUUUAAAGCUGCACUCAUAAAGCUUUUGUUAGUGUUUAGCUGAUUCUUAUUAGUUCAAAAAGUAUCAAUGGUUUUGCACUUUAUACUGACACCUAUUGGCCUGGAUGCAUUAAGUGAGUGUAGCCUACUUAUUGGUGCCUUCACAUCAAGUCUCUUUAUUUUGUGUUUUGUUCCUUUUUUUUCUGUAUGCUAUUUUCUGUCUCUAUUAAAACACAUUCAUUUGAUUAACAUUCUUCAAUUAAAUCCUAACAAUUUUGUGCAUGGUUGGUGGUUUGUGUUUUUACUUGACUGGGUUAUUGCGGUUUGUUCCAUCUUUCCAGCGGAUACUGCUUGUUUGGACAUUUCAUUUUUUAUUUUUACUGAUUUGGUUUAGACAAGUCAAUCGCACACAUGCUGAUCCAUCGCUAUGUAGGCUACUACAAUAUGGACUCUGGAUCUUAUGGAAUUUGGGGUUAGUAUAGGUUUUUUUUCUUGCUGCUUGUUGAAAGAAAUUUAUACUUUUUUUUUUUUUUUUUUGCAAUAAAUUGAUCAAAGACAUUUAAAAUGUUAAAACAUUUCUAUUAUUACAAGAUUUCUAUUAUGAAUCAUUUUUUUUACUUUUAUACUUUUGAGCUUUCUAUUCAUUGAAUCCCGAGGAAAAAAAAACAAAAAAACAAUUUAACUUUUUGAAGAUUGAAAAUAAAUAUUUCUUGUGCACCAAAUCAUAUUUCUGACGGAUCAUGUGACACUGAAGACUUGAGUAAUGGCUGCUGAAAAUUAAACCAUCAAAUGAAUCAUAUUUAACAAAUAAUAAAAUCUUGUAAAAAUGGUAAUAAUAAUAAUUUACAAUAUUAGUGUUAAACGUGAUCAAAUAAUAAAUGCAGCCUUAGUGAGCAUAAGACAACAAAACAUUUUUAAAAAUCUUACUGAAAACACCCAUUAUCUGCCUGCCUGCUUUGAACCGCGGUCUGCCUUUUCAAAGCUCACGUCUCUCUCGCGCUGUCAGCCAAUCGGAUUCUGCCAUGUUGGGACCGUUCAACCAAUCGCAGCCCACAGCGAGGAGGAAAACUUGGAUGAUUCUCUGGGUGUAAAUUGUUGUGUGUCGCGAUGGGAGAAAUACAAGUGGGAAGUGAUGAACAAUAGAGCUGGCUGUUUCCGGGAGGCGCCAGCAUUCCCGAGCAACUUUCGCGCUCUUAUUGCGCAUACCGAUAGUCCGCCAACCAAGCACACAGCCCAUCCAGUUCACACCAGCAGCUGCUUUUGUGUCAUAUGAGUGUUUUAGGCGAGAUCUCCGAAGAGGGAGAAUCAAACUGCCGGCGUCCUGUUGUCAAAUGAUUUGCAUACGGACUUCCGCCCCCUGAAUUUAGUUUCUGCAUCAACUAGCAAAGGCAGUGGGCAGACCUGAGCCCUCAAGUCAGGCGCAGUCAUGCGGACUUGACAUUUAAACUCGGUUAAUAUUUGGACAUGAACGGCACACGCGUGUAUUUCGGAUGGUCCCGAUGGAUUUGGAUUAAACGGCGCACUGGGAUCUGACACUUUCGUUCUCAAGAGGCGUUUACUAUGCUGGAUUUUUGCCGGCUCUUGUGGAUGUACCGUGACUAUUUGCUGUUACUUCCAGUGUAGAGCUGGAAUAUUGCAUUGGACUCGCUGGGGUGUUUUGUAGCAGGAAAAUGCGUGUUUUCAUCUCCUCUCAAACAGGGGGAUUCCUCGUCAGUUUGCACUUGUCUGUUUGGAUCCUAAAGUAGGAUACAGCCAGGUCCUCCAACCCAGUCGAGGAUCUGAUGUCUGUAUGCUCUGAUGUCUAUUUCAAUGUGUCAUAUUAGAAGAGUUGACCAUCUCUUUUGGAUGGAGUUUUACCUCGCGAUCUUCUUUUGACGUCUUGGACAGCGUGGAUGCAUUCUUAGAUCGUUUUUUAGCUUGGAUUACUUCUUCUUCUUCUUUUUUUGGCUACGUUUUGACAGGUUGGAUCUUCUCGUUUAUUUAAACUCGCUGCUUUCUGUUGAACUGCUGUUGAAAUCACACGUUUCAUUCUCGUGAUUCGUUUUGACGACCCACUGUGUGAUCUCUUGUUGGUUGAUUUAUUUAUUGUUCGUUGAAAGCUUUUGCACACCAUGACUUUCUUGUCCGGGGCAGCGGUUCUGUUGCUGCGUGGACUCGUCAUCUCUGCGGUAUUGGGCUUAGAGAGUUCAUACACGAGUCAGUUGUCGAACCGAGUCACUCCUGAUCCAGCGGCAGCAGCUGUUGCUCCUACAGACCCAUGUUUGACAGUCAUCCCUCCAUGUAUGAAUGAAGCCGACCGCUUCAGUUUAGAGGCGCUUCGGCACAUUCACAAGCAGCUAGAUGACGACAACGAUGGAGGAAUUGAAGUGAAUGAGAGUGUAGAGUUUAUCAUAGAGGACAUGAAGCAGCAACAGACCAAUAAACACAGUAAUCUUCAUCGAGAGGACCAGCACAUCACGGUGGAGGAGCUGUGGAAGGGCUGGAAAAUAUCAGAAGUGCACAACUGGACACUGGAUGAUGCAGUUCAGUGGCUGAAAGAGUCAGUGGAGCUUCCUCAGUACGAAAAAAACUUCAGAGAGUUUAAAGUAGACGGCAACACGCUACCUCGAUUAGCGGCCAAUGAACCGUCGUUUAUGUCAAUGCAGCUAAAGAUAUUAGACCAACGACAUAAACAGAAAUUAAAUCUAAAAGCGUUGGACGCAGUUCUCUUCGGACCUCCAUUACGUCCUCACCAUCACUGGCUGAAGGACUUUGUUUUGAUGAUUUCAAUCAUCAUUGGUGUGGGCGGCUGCUGGUUUGCAUACAUACAGAACAAGUCGUCUAAAAUUCACGUCUCCAAGAUGAUGAAAGAUCUGGAGAGUCUACAGAAUGCAGAACAGAGCCUGAUAGAGCUACAAAGCCGGCUGGAAAAGGCUCAGGAGGAGAACCGGACGGUGGCGGUGGAGAAGCAGAACCUGGAGCAGAAGAUGCGUGACGAGAUCAACGGAGCAAAGAGAGAAGCCAGCAGACUGCGAGAGCUGCGAGAGGGGGCUGAAUGUGAACUCAGCAGACUCAAGUAUGCAGAGGAGGAACUUGUGCAGGUGCGAAUGGCACUGAAGAGAGCAGAGAAGGAGAUGCAGUCAGAAUGGUCGGUGCCAGAAGCCCUGCAGAUGUGGCUUCAGCUCACACAUGAGGUGGAAGUGCAGUACUACAACAUUAAAAAACAGAAUGCUGAGCUGCAGCUCACGGUCGCAAAGGACGAGGCAGAAAAGAUCAAGAAGAAGAGGAACUCUGUGUUCGGUACCCUCCAUGUUGCACACAGCUCAUCGCUGGAUGAAGUAGACCACAAAAUACUUGAGGCUAAAAAAUCUCUGUCAGAGGUUACAGCCUGUUUGCGUGAACGUCUUCACCGCUGGCAGCAAAUAGAAAAGAUAUGUGGCUUUCCAGUGGUUAAUAACUCUGGGCUGCCCAGCCUCACCGCCUCCCUCUACGCCGACCACAGCUGGGUGGUCAUGCCGCGGAUGUCGGUGCCACCCUACCCAAUCGCUGGCGGGGUGGACGAUCUUGAUGAGGACACACCACCAAUCAUUCCACAGUUCACCUCUCCUUUGAUUCGACCUCCUCUGACACGCAACAGCAGUGUUUGUCGUUCUCGCAGAAGUCUUAUGUCUCAACCCUCAUCCCUUUCUCCUGACCCUGAUCUGUUGUCUAUGGCCUCGGUCCCACUGGCCUACAGACCCGAGGGAGACGAUGAUCACAUCUUCUUCACUGUAGAAAGGAAGGGAGAUCCUCAGGACACAUGCUCAGAUUCAGAUUCUCUCAGUUCCUCUUUGGGCAGGAAGCAGUUCUCCGGUCCCUCUGGUCAAAGUACAUGUGUUACGGGCAUGGAUACCCCACCACGUAAAAUCUCUCGUGAGGAACUUCUUCUCCUGGUGCAGGAGGCCCAGACUGCCACCAUGGAGACCUUACCUCCUUCCACAUCCUCUCCUUCAUCUCCUCUUGACUCUUCUUCAGUUCACAAGGGUUCUCCUGACCUUACCCACUCUUCCGUCCUCCCAGAAUCUCAAAGUUUAACCUUUCACCCUGGCACCAAACCUGUGGCCUAUAAUGGCAUUCUGGAAAAGUCAUACAGCAUGGGGCAGCUGCCUGCUGGUGGGACGCCUCCAGAGGGUCACUACCCCUCCAUUAGCUCACUCGACAUAGAAAGCAAAUCUAUCAAGGAGUCCAAGCAACUCCAACCCACCUCCUCCCAGGACUCUUGCGAUAACGGAGAGAAAAAACGCUCCAAGAUCAAGAGCUUGUUCAAGAAAAGCAAAAAGCUGUGAGGAACAGUAGAGAAGAGGAAGAAAUGGAGAGAAAAAGAAGCCUUAAAACAAAAUAAAUGAGGGUGAUGCUGUCAACCAGAAGCCAAAACAUUUUUCAGUUUCUUUGUCCUUUUUUUAAUUUAAAUGGAAUGUAGCUUCAUCUGGGUACAGUCCUGGGUUGGAAGCCUUUUUAUGGAGAUUUAUUAGCCUCACACAUAUGCCUUUGAAGGCCAGAAAAUGUCAUGUUAACAUUUUACAGAACAUGGCCUCUUCACUGUCUUCUGUUAAGUCUCUGUUUUCUAUAAUGUGCACCCUAAUGAUGUCACCAGGAAGGGAUCAGGAAAUAUACCAAAACAGAAUAAACAGAACAGUCCAAAAUGAGCCAAAUCUCCAAAUUAUUUAAACAAAUAGACUUCCUGGAAAUAUGUCUUAAAGGGAAGGUUCACCACAAGUGAAAAUUCUGUCAUCAUUUACUUUCCCUAACCUGUAUGCUGUAGUUUUUUAUGUGGUACACAAACUAAUUUUUGAAGAACUGUUACAUAGUUCUUGCCAUACAACCAAGGUUCAUAGUGACCAAGGGCUGUUAAACACCAAAAAGCAACAUAAUAGUAGUUUAUACAACUCAUGUGCAAUUUUCCAAUCAUACUACGGGGCCGUUGAAUGCUUGAAUCUGAUUGGCUGAAAGUUCUAAGGUGUGCAAUUAUUUUCAGGGAAACGCACGGCGAACGUAGUUCCAGACUGCUCUUGACCACAUUACAUGUCCAUAUCACUUUGCCAAAUGAUUUGAGUUAUUUCAAAGAUCCUUACAGCCUAAAACAGCAAAAGACACUGGCCAAACAAAUAAAUAUAGUAAACAAUAGGAUAAAAACGACAGAUCAUUUCCAUGUUUUUGCCACAAAACAGAGGUGUUGGAUAAGAUGCGGAAGAAAUAAUCCUACUCUCAAUAGCGUUUUAAGUAGAAAAACCGGACAAAUGCCUUGAAAUAUAUCAUCUGAUCGAUGUCUUGAGGUGUGGUAACCGUAUUAUAAGCGGAAUAAUUGACUUCAGUCCAUUGAAUUCUUAGAAAAUAAUGCACACCCGAGGUCAUCACCACCUCAGGUAUGCAUAAUUUUCUAACGCUGGGUAAAUCUUAUAAGAUCUUCAAAAUGUGAGAGACCACAACCAUGAGGGAAAAAAAAUCCUAGAUUUAACCGUUUUUCUCCUGUAGUGUGCGGUCUUGUGGCGUGUACCCAGCAUAAGAAUUCAAUGGCCUGUCAUCAAUUAUUCCUUAUGUAUUCUAUCCAUUUGCGCUUUGUUUUUAAAGUUGGCCUACAUACAUGCUUGAAAUGGAUGUUUGACUUGCGCCGCAUUUGUUUUUUCUGCUUCACAUUGGUCACCUAGAUUGUCAGUUCACUUUUUAGUGUUUAAUCCUGUUCCGUAAACACACUAGUAAUUUACAAGAGUUACAACUGCCUUUUACAACGAAAUUGAUACGUGAAAAAUGCAGGUAGUGACAACCACAUUUACAACUGUUUUGACUCCUUAGGGUUGCCAGAUCUUGCUAGAAAAAAAAACAACCAAACAACAACAAAAACAAAUAACAACAAGCCCAUAAUAAACUUACAUCCAAACGCAUUAUCUUGGAAAUAAGCCACAUACCAAAAUAUAGCGACUUGCACCUGCCUCUUUUAUUAACUUCAUAAACUGGAUUGUUUAUGAGCUGAGUCCAAACAAUAAGGCCAAAGAGGCUUAAUGAGUUUCGCUAUAACAUGUGGACCUGGCAACCCUUCAAGUGCACCCUCUGCAAAGCAGAUUUCAAACAUAAAUAAUGGCUCUGUUGACGGUGGCUUAGUUAAAAUCGCUGAAUAAAAUGGUCUUUGGUUGCUGUAAUAUUACUUUGGUCAAAAAUAGAGGAUACCAAAUGCUCAAGAUGACAAAACGAUGUUAUGGUUACCAUGGUAUCAGUCAAUGCAAUUUCAAGAAUGAGAUAUGCUGCGUACAAACACGAAUCUGUAAUUUAGAGGAUUUGCUCCCAAAUUUAAAGGGAUAGUUCACCCAAAAAUGAAAAUUCUGUCAUUAAUUACUCACCUUCAUGUCGUUCCAAACCUGUAAGACCUUUGUUCAUCUUCAGAACACAAAUUAAGAUAUUUUGAUGCAAUCAGAGAGC